UGAGCGAGCGAGAGAGUAAAAGUGCGCGGGUGACGUAGGCAGGCGUGUUCGCGAGUUGCUGCUUAAGUUAGUCUACCGCAUGGUUUUGUGGUGCGAGCACCUAACCGACAGAGCAGCGGCUACCUGAGCGAAACGCAGCCAGCAGCACCUGAGAAACCGACCUCGCCGGCAAAACGACCUUUUUGCCAACGAAUUCUUUUUUGCAACUUCCGCCAAAUUCGGCAUAGACCCAGCAGCGACAUUGCAUCAGAGAAACGAGACGCGGCCAGCAAAAAAAUGUUUGCUACAGUCCGAUGGUAAACGGCUCAAUGCGCCCUGACGUGGGCCUCCCCUUUGGCCUGCCGCAGCAAUGUUUAAGUGGUUUGGCGGGUCGGCGCCGACUGACCAUGUGGACGGCCCCCACGAAGUGAUCACCGAUGACCCUUUUGCAAUCAUCUCGUUGUCGUUGCCAAGGGUGAGGCGCAUUCAAAGCGGCAAAAAGAGUCGCACCAAAGCCCGACGACCCAAGCAAAUCUAUGCGGUCAGCAGGGUAAACCCCAUCUUUGAAGAUGACGAGGGGGCCGGCAGCACCUCGACGGACUCGUGCUUCGGGCAAGGGGCGCCCGCCUCUCCCGGGCAGUCUGGGGGCGGCAGUUCUGGCUACGACAGCAACCCGGCCGAGCGAACGACGUCGUCGUCCGAGUUCAGUGACGAUGCUGCGUCACCAAAAGCGUCGGCCGCCGCUCGGGGUGCUGGGGGCCGUCGGCGGCCUCCGGCGGGGGCGGCCGAGAAACAGCUCUACCUGGCGGCGAUCGCAGCCGCGAUGGCCGCGCCCGCCUCCGCGCUCACUACCAUCCCUGAAGGUCAAGUGCCCGCGCCAAUCUGGCCUGAGCGGGAGCCGCCGCCGGUCGGCUCAGUCGUCGGCCGCGACGCAAAGUAUGCAGUCGAGUCACCGCCCCCGCCGCCUCCGCCGUGGAGGCAGCAACUGUGGGAACGCCUAACCGAGAGCGACGACGACAGUCGUAAGUCGUGUUGCGAUCUCCCGGGGGCGGGACGCACGCACAUGCCCCCGGCGCAGACGCCACCGCCGCCGCCUCCGGCGCGAUGUGGCUCCUCCACCUCCAGCAGCGGGUUCUCGGACCUUUCAAACGUGCUGCCGCCACCUCCCCUUUACCUGCAAAAACCAGACUUGAUGACGAACCAGGAGAUGGCCCUGGUGCGGGGUAGCGUGCGAAACGCCAUGAUAUAUGGCACCCUGAACCGAAUCAAGUGUGCCUCCGGCGUGGGCAUUUACGAGAGGCUGCUCGGCUUUUGGAGAAGCCAGCAGCUGGAGGCACGUCUCUUGUCCUCAUCUUCCUCCUCGUCCAACGACAAGACGGACGGCUCAACGUCGUCCAAAGCGUCCUGGCAGUCGUCCGCCGAGUGCUCGCCCACGCCCAGCAAGAAAAGCCUUCCCCAAAACUUCGAAAAGACUGCACAAUAUUAUCCGCCAUCACAGCGUCCGGACUUCACGCUGGACAUCCCCGCAGCGGAGCGAGUGAUGCGCAAAAUCGCUGCGGGCAAACGCCGCCGUUUUUGGUGCCAGCUGAUAGUGUCCAUCCUCGGACUGAUCUUCUUCAUGGUGUCUGUAAUGGCCGUCAGCAUGAUGUACACUCGCGGAGAGCGAAUGUUCGGCUCGCUCUGAAUGUGCACUUCUUCCUAUAGGGAGAAAAUUAAAACAAAUUUGAACAAACAUUCAAAAUUAUUUUUACUCAAAUUUCAAAGACUCUUUGGACCCGGCGUAGAUUUUUCCAACAAAAUUAACUCUCAAGUCAUUGCAUUGCUCCACACUAGCUGCUAACUUAUUGACUGCUGCUGUGGUGUGAUUACCAUUUUCCAUCUUUAAUUUAAUUAUUUUAAUUUAUUGUGAAGGACGCUGCUUAAGCAUAUAUACUCCAAUUUUAUAUGUCAAAAUGACAAGCCAGCGCUGAAAAGUGUAUUUAUGUGAUAUUUUAGAUUUAGGCUCUGCUCCCUGCUGAACCAGUUUCAUCUUUUUUAAUUUCCUAUGUAAAUCCACACUCAAAGUUUAUAAUCAAUUACCGUCUGCGCGAUUUUAAUUUUAUUUUGGCUUCAUUAUCAAGAUAUUUGGUUGUGAUAAUUAAUGAAUAUUAUAUAGUAGUUGAUGUUUUUAGGUAGCAUUUUUCUCUUUUCUACCCUAUAGAAAAAUUAGAGCGCAGAUUUUUGUCCCCCGCAUAUUAGCUAAUACAAUAAAUUUGUCAGUCUCCUCCCUUUCUUUUAUUUAAAAUGGACUGCGAUGCCAACUAUAUUUAUUAAUUAUAACCAAGUGUGUGAGUUAAUUACAAAAAAUUGUCUUGUAUUAUCAAUAAAAUAAUGUUUAAAUAAAAUUACCAAAA